AUGCGCACACGCGGUCCCGAGAGUUUGGUGAGAAAUAUGGCCAAGGACCAUGAACUCUGUGAGGCUGAUCAUCUUGUCUCUGUACGCAUUAAAACGUUCUGGAGCCAGUGUACUCUUGAUGAGGGGAGGUGUUUUGGGGUAGAUCUGGUUCCAGUAGUGAGUCGGGUAAAAUCACUGGUUCCUUGGGUUGUGUGGUUUCACGGGGAUUUGGAGGUUGUAGGGGGGUAUUUUCCUCUACUGUUAAAGAGAAUCAGCGACCAAAGGUCGGAAACUCUCGGAGAGCUUGAAAGCCUAGAAACCCUGAAGCGGGGGACGGACGUGUCGCGAGCUCGGAUUGCGACGAGGUCACGACUCGGACUGAGUGGUGGCGAAGAAGACGAAGGUUCGGCUCUGUCUUCGUCCCCAAUUGCACUCGCGGAGGUUUUGACGUAUCAGAUUACUACUGGCGCUCAAGGGCAAAAAACUAUCAGUAGCUUAGGGUACAGCAAGCCAUUAUCGUCGUCAAGUAGUCCAGGCCAAACUAUAUCUAGAAGAUGGCUUCACACCCUUGGACUUUUAAGGCCUGGAACUGCCGAUUAUUUAACAGCAAGAAUGACGUUUGGUACGUUUGGUACCACAAGGCGAGGCAUUCAUGAAAUUGGUAGAAACGUCGGCAGCGACAGUGCCCGAAGAGCUUUGCUUCAGAAUUAUGGGGGCAAACGAACGUUUUGCUCUGAAAAUCCUAGGAAGAAAGGCUUUGAGAAUUUUCUUCCAAAGAAUAGGAAAGAUCCUCCCAAAAAUCGAAAUGAACAGAAGUCUGAGCAAAAGAGCGAGAGUCCAAAGCAAGAGGGUGAUAAAUUUGUAACCGAUAUCUCUAAGUCACGACUACAAUCUUUUCUUGUCACUGGUGCUGCAACGGUGGCCAUCCUUGCCACACUUUCUAUGGGUCGCAGUGAUGCUAAAGAGAUCAGCUUCCAGGAAUUUAAGAACAAGCUGCUGGAGCCGGGUAUGGUAGAUAGAAUUGAAGUCACUAACAAGAGCUUUGCGAAAGUUUAUGUUAAAACAGGUUCCCAGCAGAGUUCGCAAGGUAGAUUAGGUGAAGGUAAUAAUGACAAUGGAGGAUUUGAAGACUUGCGCACUGAUUCAGGAUCACAAGGUAGCCGCUCUGGAUCAGUGUAUAAGUAUUAUUUCAACAUUGGAAGUAUCGAUUCAUUUGAGCGUAAGCUGGAAGAUGCCCAGGAUGCAUUAAACACAGAUCCCCAUGACUACAUCCCUGUCACAUAUGUGUCUGAGCUGAGCUGGCAGCUGGAGCUUCUGCGAUUGGCUCCCACGAUUUUGUUAAUUGCUGGGUAUAUUUAUUUCACAAGGCGGAUGCAAGGUGGAGGCUUUGGAAUGGGUGGAGGUUCUGGAGGCAUGGGUGGGCGUGGAAUAUUCAACGUGGGAAAAGCCCAAGUGACUAAGCUCAGCAAGAAUCAGAAGGACAAGGUGAUGUUCAAAGAUGUUGCUGGUUGCGACGAGGCAAAACAAGAGAUCAUGGAAUUUGUUCACUUCUUGAAGAAUCCCAAGAAAUAUCAAGAACUUGGGGCUAAGAUCCCAAAAGGUGCUCUUUUGGUUGGUCCACCUGGUACUGGAAAAACUUUGUUGGCAAAAGCAACUGCUGGAGAAGCAGGAGUACCAUUUCUUUCUAUCAGUGGAUCGGAUUUCAUGGAGAUGUUUGUUGGAGUUGGACCUUCAAGAGUCCGCGAUUUGUUUGCUCAAGCAAGACAGUCCAGUCCCAGUAUUAUUUUCAUAGAUGAAAUUGACGCGAUCGGACGUGCUCGUGGACGAGGUGGAUUUGCUGGAGGGAAUGACGAACGUGAGAGUACAUUGAACCAGCUCCUAGUUGAGAUGGAUGGGUUUGGCACAACAUCUGGCGUGGUAGUUCUUGCAGGAACCAACAGACCUGACAUUUUAGACAAUGCCUUGCUACGUCCGGGACGUUUUGAUCGGCAGAUUGCUAUUGAUCGACCUGAUAUCAAUGGAAGAGAGCAGAUUUUCAGGAUAUACCUUCAGAAAUUGAAACUGGAUCAAGAUCCUGUUUAUUACUCUCAACGGAUGGCAGCUUUAACUCCGGGGUUUGCUGGGGCCGACAUUGCAAAUGUUUGUAAUGAGGCUGCACUAAUUUGUGCUAGAAAUGAGAAAACUGAAAUUACCAUGGAGCAUUUUGAAGCUGCAAUUGAUCGAAUUAUUGGUGGUUUGGAAAAGAAGAAGCGGGUAAUUAGUAAGGAAGAAAGGAGGACAGUGGCGUAUCAUGAAGCUGGACAUGCUGUUACAGGAUGGUUUCUGGAAUAUGCAGAGCCAUUACUUAAAGUGUCAAUUGUACCUCGUGGUACUGCUGCGUUAGGUUUUGCUCAAUAUUUACCGAACGAGAACUUGCUCAUGACAAAGGAACAGCUUUUGGAUAUGACAUGUAUGACACUUGGAGGUCGUGCCGCUGAGCAGGUAUUGUUAGGCAAAAUUUCAACAGGAGCUCAAAAUGACCUGGAGAAAGUAACGAAAAUGACAUAUGCUCAAGUCGCGGUUUAUGGGUUCAGUGAAAAAGUUGGCCUUCUCUCCUUUCCACCGAAAGAUGAUGGACUUGAAAUGUCAAAGCCCUACAGUAAUGAAACAGGUGAAAUCAUUGACCAAGAAGUUCGAGAUUGGAUGGGUACAGCCUAUGCUAGGACAUUGGCUUUAAUUACGAAGCACAAAGCGGGUGUCGAAGCUCUUGCCCUCAGGCUUUUGGAGAAAGAGGUAUUGCAUCAGGAGGAUUUAGUAGCCAUUUUGGGCCCAAGGCCUUUCCAUCAUUCAGAACUGUCAAAUUAUGACAAGUUCAAGCUUGGUUUUGAGCCUUCGAAGGAAGACCAGGCUAAGUUGGGAUCAUCGCAACCAUCUGAAGAUGGCAUCCCUCCGGAACAACCGUCAUCGACUCCUCCAACUCCGCCAGGUUUGGACGGGUCUCAUCCUGUCCCAGUUAUUUUGUGAAGUAAUUGCGAAGGACAUAAUAUAUUUAGAGCUCAAGUCCGAUUUAAUGCGACAUUUUCAACAAAGAGUUACAGAGGUCGGAUGGAUGAAGUUGGUUAUUUGCUUCCCCAUGUUGAGGGUAGUGUUAUGAUGCUACCUUACUACAAUUGCACCAGCACUCCCAUGACUCUGGUCGAUCUAUCUUGAAUAUUGGGAGAGCAUCUCGAGUAUCUCAUUAUUAUCCCUCCGUCUCUUUCCAGAAUUCUUCUUUCUGUAAUUCCAGGUUUCCUCCUCAUGCCCCGUCAUUUUGUUGGACAUUUCAUAAGACUCAGGCAUAUACACUUGCUCUGUAGAAAGAUCCCGAGAAACUUAUGACAUCUUUCAGUAUGUUAUAGGUACAAUCCACGAUAAGGAAGCACGUAGAUUCGUCGAAGGUUUAGAGGUAGAUAGAUGCUGGAUAUCUACAUAUGUACCCAAAUUUUGGGUACAUAUGAGCGCUUGACCUCACCGUAGGUCUCAAUAGCAAACUGAGAAACCUGAUGAAUUUUUCUCGCAAACUCGUGCUGGAUGUGCCAAAGUGGAUCUGCAAAUUUGUCAGGAUCGAGUGACGAAAUAUAUAAAACUGUGAAUAUCGUCACUGAUAACUCACUUCUGUUAUUGGCA